UUCACCGUGUCGUCAUCCAUUCAAUUAUUUCCUGAUCUUAAUCAAGUCGUCUGCUCUCAUUAAGUCCCUUGUCUGCUACACCAGUAAUUGGAUCUUUUCUAGAAUAGAGCGACGGGAUUUGUCUUCAACAAUAUUCUUGCCUAGCCGUGGAGUGCUGUACAGCUGAUACGUAAUCAAGUGAAGCGAUAACUGCCUGGCCCUCGAGUUACAACUUCGAUAAUAACCUUGCAAACUACCGAAAGAAAUAUGGACACCCCACAGUAUCCAGGAUAUCCAUCACACUACUGGUACCCUCAAUCUCAUCCCACGGGGCACUAUGCAAAUACCUAUCCCCCUGGAUCAGAUGGCCAGCCACAGUAUAACCCACAGGUAAUUUCAGGAGGUUAUCCAAAUGGCCAUGGUGUCUACAACCCAGCCCAGGGUCAAUAUUCAACGAGUGGGUUUCACCCAUCCAACCCUUUCUACUGUGCUGACCCUCAGAGAACGCCUCCAGUUUCUUAUCCUAGUCAGAGCUGUCCUGCAGAACAAAGCAGUGGGCAAGCUGGUCAGCCACAUUCACAAAACCAUCACUAUCCUGGUAUACACUGUCAAGGGGGUCCUGGAUAUCCUCAAGUACCAUAUUCUCACUACAGCGAAAGUGGUCAUGCUAUGCCUCCAAACACGCUAUAUCCCACGGGCCAGUCUCUGCACUCCAACUCCCAGGCGGAAACUUGGGCACACCCUGGGACAUACGCACCCUCACAGCAACAAUGGCAGCCAGGCCAACAGCUUCCCCCAAAUCAUUAUGGAAAUCCCGUACGUCCGCUACACCCUCCAGCUUGGCCAGGGACUGGAACCGGUGCACCACCUCCUUAUCAACCCAAGGACCAACAGCUCCAGCGCGCCCCACAAGUGGGACCGAAGCCCAGGCCGACCACAUCCCCAAAUCGCUCCAAUGGGAAAGCUGCAGAAAUUAGUUCACCACCUCAAAUCUACAACAUAGCAAGGCAAAUUGAUCAAAAUCACUCACAAGGUGAGCCCCCACCCUCUGCUCCCACCCAAUCCCCAGCUCCAGGCAAUGCUGGACCUCAGUUCGUCAGCGACAACCCCAGUUUAGCUCGUGUCCAGCAAAUCAUGGCAAGAGUGCUGCUGCUUCAGGAAGAUGUUGAUGAAUUUGUGGGAAAAAAAACAGACAAGACUUAUAGAUACCUGGAGGAACUUCUUACCAAAGAGCUGCUUGAGCUGGACUCUGUAGAGACUCUGGGACUUGAAAAUGUCCGGCAAGCGCGAAAGGAGGCUGUGCAAAGGAUCCAGGCCAUUCUUGACCAGCUGGAAAGGAAGGCUUUCUAAAGUAGGUCAUGAACCAGCUUGAUGGGCCUCAGACCCUCCCGGCUUCUUCCAGAUCUUUGAACUAGAGCGUCUAAAUACAUUUUUCAAUGACCCAGUAGGCUGUUGGUUACAUGUGACGCAGUGCCAAUGCAGUAGAUCAAGAAGCUGUUUUUUUUGUACAUAUCAUAAGAAACUGUCAAAUCAGUCAGUUACUGAAUUUGGAUUUUUGGUAGUCUGACUGAUACAGGAAGAGGGAAUUAUCAUCUGUUGCUAAUCUCCAACAAGUGAUUCAGAAUCAAGUGAUCACCCUGCUGUCCCUGCGUGUGUGUGUGUGUCAGUUUUAAUGUGGUUCUUUGCUCCUCACAACAUGCACAUUGCCUUAACUGCCCAUGAGUGUUUGUCACAGUUCUCUUGCACGGUCACAUCGUCAUCGAUAUCCGUCAUCAAAGCAAUCACAGUACCGUAGUUCAGUGUGUUUUGUUUCCGCUGUGCUCUGCCCUGCAUGAAUAAUACUCUUGCAACCUCUGUGAACCCGUAAUUGGACCAUAAAGAUGGAACCAUAAAAAAAAAAAAAUCUGAAAAUUAUUGUCAUCUCUUUGUUUUUGGGCUUAUGCUGCAGUUUCCAACUCAAAUGUUUAAAUUAAAUUUAUAUGUUGAAACUAUCCUCAUACCUUCAUGCAUUGAGCACAUUUUCCCAAAUAUCCAUUAGAAUUGUGAAGAACUCAGUUAAUGUCAAAAUCGGUUCUAUCAUUGUUGCCACCAUACUUGCAAUGUCACACAAUCCUUCCAAGUAUAGUGGAAGACAAAUGUCCCACUUAAACAUUGCGGCAGUGGUGACAAAAUACCCUAUAUCAGGAGAUGUUUAAUAUAUUUAGAAAAUGUAUUGCAUGGGAAAUUUAUCAUUUGUCUUAUGCACCUAUUCAUUUUGUUUGUGUGUACUGUUACAUGAAGCCCAACUGUAAAAUGUCAGGUGUAAUGCAUGUUUCCAACACAAAAUGGAGAUAUAUGGCUGACUAUAAAAAGAAUAAAUAAAUACAUCUGUAAAAAAACAAA